GCUGACCCCAGGGAGGCUUCAAUUCUACACAGACACUAAUCAUUCUCUUUCACAAAAGCCUGGCGCAGAAACGAGUGUUUCCGCUGUCCUGGAGCAUCCGGGGAAAUGGGGCCAGUGCGUGGAGCUCUGCUCUUGUGACUUUUCUCCAAAGCGUUCCCCUUGGUAUCUGGAGAGGGUGAGGAGGAAAAGAAGACUUCAGCUCACCGGUGUCAGGCCUCUCAGGGAGCCUCCUGGGAAGCAGCAUUCUGCCCGCUCAGGGAACAGGAGUGAAUUGGAGGGGGAAGGUGGGAGGCGGGGAUGAAGCGAGGCUGGCGGAAUUCCCGCAGACACCUCCCUCCGCCUCCCCGCCGCUCCCUGUGAGGCCCGGCGCCCCCGGGAGUUAAGAAAGCGCAGAGGUGCGGAGGGCCGGUUGGGGUCGUCCCGCUCUCCAGUUUUGGAAAGCCCGAGCCCUGGCGGAUUCGCCUCCGCGCUGGCCUCGGGCCAUUGCCCCACGACCCCGCAAGAGUGGGGCUGGAACUUUUUCGAGGGCUCCCCCAGCCAUUGCCGGGAGGUCCGGAGUCUGCCAGGCUGCAGGGAAGCGCCAAGGCGCUCGGACGUCCCCGAGGCUCCGCGCACAUGCAGGUCCCGGAGCCGAUGCCUCCAUCACUCCGGCGCCUGCCGGGGAAACCGGUUCGCGGUCGCAGCCCUGCCCAGCCCGGACCCCGGGGCUGAAGCCUGGAGUGGGCAUGAAGGGUGGGCAGCAGGAACGCGGACGGGGUCGCUCGGUAGCCCUCCUCUGGCACCGCGGGCCGCCGCGGGACACAAUCCCACCCUUCGGCUGCUUGCUCCUCCCCUUGACCCGGGCCCACCCCUACUCCCACCCCAGCUGCGGCGAGGCUCACUCCGCCUGCAGUUCGGCGGAGUCGCGUGGGGCCCCUUGACGGCCGCAGCUGCCGGAGCUGCGCGCUCACCAAAACCCAGACUGCUGCGGGAACCCGGGCAGCCUCGCGUUGGGCGGCAGCAUGGACGGCUCAGGCGGCCCGGGGGCUGAGAACGCGAGCCAGGCGGGCGGCGGGGGCUCCUGGCAGCCCGAGGCUGUCAUCGUGCCGCUGCUCUUCGCGCUCAUCUUCCUCGUGGGCACCGUGGGCAAUGCGCUGGUGCUGGCCAUGCUGCUACGCGGCGGCCAGGCGGUCAGCACCACCAACCUGUUCAUCCUCAACCUGGGCGUGGCCGACCUGUGUUUCAUCGUGUGCUGCGUGCCCUUCCAGGCCACCAUCUACACCCUGGACGGCUGGGUGUUCGGCUCGCUGCUCUGCAAGGGCGUGCACUUCCUCAUCUUCCUCACCAUGCACGCCAGCAGUUUCACGCUGGCCGCUGUCUCCCUGGACAGGUAUCUGGCCAUCCGCUACCCAUUACACUCCCGUGAGCUGCGCACACCUCGAAACGCGCUGGCUGCCAUCGGGAUCAUCUGGGGACUGUCGCUGCUCUUCUCUGGGCCCUACCUGAGCUACUACCGCCAGUCUCAGCUGGCGAACCUGACCGUGUGCCACCCGGCGUGGAGCGCACCGCGCCGCCGCGCCAUGGACCUCUGCACCUUCGUCUUCAGCUACUUGCUGCCGGUGCUGGUGCUCGGCCUGACCUACGCGCGCACCCUGCGCUACCUCUGGCGGGCCGUCGACCCGGUGGCGGCGGACUCCGGUGCCCAGCGCGCCAAGCGCAAGGUGACGCGCAUGAUCGUCACCGUGGCCGUGCUCUUCUGUCUCUGCUGGAUGCCCCACCACGCACUCAUCCUCUGCGUGUGGUUUGGCCACUUCCCGCUCACACGCGCCACGUACGCGCUGCGCAUCCUCUCGCACCUGGUCUCCUAUGCCAACUCCUGCAUCAACCCCAUAGUCUACGCGCUGGUCUCCAAGCACUUUCGCAAGGGCUUCCGCAAGAUCUGCGCGGGCCUGCUGGGCCGCGCCCCGCGUCGCGCCUCUGGCCGCGUGUGCGUGGCCGCACGGAGCACCCCCAGCGGCAGCUUGUUGGAGCGCGAGUCGACCGACCUGACGCACUUGAGCGAGGCUGCGGGGCCCCUUGUCCCGGCCCCGGCACUGCCCUGCCACGCGGCCUCCAGCACGAUCCCCAGCCCAUCCUGCGGGGAGCAAAAGGUCCCCAGCAACAUCCUGGCGGUGAACGUGACCUGAGAGCACUUAGAGAGUGGCUGGGAUGUUAAAGGGCGAGGCUGGUGGGGAGACGUUUUGUAUGUUAAUAAAACACAAACCUUUUCACCGCAGAGACGUGCUGUGUCCCUUUCGUCAUUAUCAUAACGCUCCUUGGGAAGAAACCUCCCUGGACUUGACCGGGGAGCUCAUAGGUGAGCACAGGCCCCUUUUCUGACAUACCAGGAAGGAGUGCAGUUCCUGCGGAAGGCAGCCCAAACCUGAGCCAGCACCGGAGGCUCCCUGCAUGUGGCCAUGCAGGCACUAAACUACAGAUGGCAGAAUCAACAGCCACGCAAGCC